AUGUUAUCCUGUAUCGCGUCUUCAAGGAAUCGUCUCCAAUCCGCCCUGGGAUUGUCUCGGCGUAUACACCCUCACAUCAAACAGACUAAAAAUACACCAACUGAUCUUCCCGGUCGUCUAUCUUCCCUUCCAGAGGAAAUACUUUUGUGUGUGUUCGAGCAGCUCAAUUCUAGUCAAGACAUCGCUUCUUUUGCCCAAACUUGCCGUCUAUUCUAUCUGGUGGCUUCCCAGCCACGCUCAUUAGCAUUAUGGCUAAUAACUCGGUUUGGUGCUCGGUUUGCAUUAUAUUACUCUAUCCUUGAAAUGCCUGCAUACUGCGACGAGCACUUUAUUCGAUGCUUAUUAAAUAAUGGCGCAAUAAUCCCACGCCAUCUGGUGCAGGCCCUUGUGAUGACCUACGGAAAGCCUUUGGUUACAUCCCUAUCUACACCCAGACCUCCAAAGCUUCCACGGGGUGUUGGUCUUUUACCUUUUCUUGAUUGCAUCUUCGCAGACUCAGUCCAAAAGAUACCCUUUUCUGGAUAUGCCACGCUCAUGCAGCUAUCUUUUAUAGCAUACCAAGAUAUCAAAUUAUGCACCAAGGCAGACGAUCUCACACUCUUUCUCAAACUGAUCUCUUGUAACUCUCCUAUUUCUAAAGGCAUCAACAAUCUGGUUCAAAAUUACGCGUUUAUACCCGCACCCAUAGUCCAAAAUCAAACUACUCUCAGUAAACACCCUUCUUUUCUCGAUCUACUUAAACUGGCGACCUCUUCUCCUUCCAUUUUCCACAAGAUCGGAUUUGUAUUUGAGUUUGACCCAUUGGCAAGAUGCCAGCUAUGGGAAGCAUGCCACCUUUUGAUCUUUGAUAUUGCAUUCAAGGCAAAUCUCGAUGACAGACACCUUUCUCACCUGAAUUCCCUUGCCAAGGUCUUUCACUCAAAGUCAGGGCAGCUGCUUAUCAAUGAAAUCAAAGAUGAAGAUCUCUUCCGGUUUACUUUUGUCAAGUUUUUUACAAAAUAUCCCUCAACCUACUGCACCCGUCAAACAAUGUUCAAUAUCCUCACUCUUUUCGUUCGUUAUGUUAAGCCAGGAUUUUCUAUUCCGGCUGUUUUCAAGGCUAUUGCAGAAACACCUUCUACUCGUACCGAUAUCCGUACUACACUCUUUGACUUUCUUAAAUCUUCUCCAUAA